AUAGAUGAGCAGAGCGUCCCAUCAGCUGGUCGGCUACGCCCUGAGCAGAAGGCCCAGCGCAACCCAACAACAUGAACAGCAGAGGACUGAUGGUAGCAAUCCCCACCCGCUACAUUGUGUCUUUCAUGGCGUUCAUGGGGAUCGCUGUGCAGUACACACUCAAGGUCAACCUGUCGGUAGCCAUUGUGGCUAUGGUCAAGACCGAGACGGCUUCCACCUCUCGUAUGAUCACUGACAUGUAUCCAUACAGCAACGACACAGCAUCACAGAGUGAACCAGCCAGUGGCGGGGAGCUGGAAUGGGAUGAGGCUGACCAGGCACAAGCUCUGUCCAGCUACUACUAUGGCUAUGUGGCUACACAGCUGUUAGGGGGCUGGGUCUCUGAGUGUUUAGGUGCACGAUAUGUGUGUGGGCCUGCUGUACUGGUUGCAGGGUUGCUCUCAUUAGCUGCACCGGCCGCUGCACGAGCGGGGCUGCCAGCCUUCAUUGUACUACGCAUCACAGUUGGAGCAGUCUCGGGUGUUGUAUUGCCUUCGGUCCACUGCUUAGUUGCAAAAUGGCUCACUCCAAAAGAAAGAACACAAUUAACAGGAUUAAUAUUUUCUGCUCCCAGUUUUGGAACCCUGAUUGCCAUGGCCAUUUCUGGCCUAUUGGUUGGAGCCAGUGAUUGGCCAAUGGCUUUCUACUUGUUUGGAGUAACUGCAGUUAUCUGGUUUAUACCCUGGAUUUUUCUGAUUUAUGAUUCUCCUAGCCAACAUCCACGUAUUUCUCAAAAAGAGAAGUUGCAUAUACUACAAGGACUUGGUGUAAAUGAAAAUAGAGAAAAGGUGGCUGUACCAGUGCCAUGGGACAAGCUGCUAACAUCAGUGCCUGUGUGGACAGCAAUACUGUUUCACUCUGGUACUGCCUGGGUUAUGUUCACAUUAUUGAGUGAACUACCAACAUACCUGAAUACAGUGAUGCACUUGAGCCCUGAAAAGAGUGGGACAUUAUCAGCAGUGCCAUACCUCUUCGCAUGGAUUACUGGAAGCUUAUUUGGAUUCCUUUCACAAUGGCUGAGGGACAGAGGCUGGCUGUCUCAUCUAGCAGCAUACAAAGUUUUCAAUGGAAUUGCAGGAUUGGGUAGUGCAGCAGCACUUCUGGGAGUUACUCUGGUGGGCUGCGAUGAAACAGCUGUUGUGGUGUUGAUGGUGGUCACCACAGUGGCUAGCAGUGCACUGUACGGUGGCAGCUGCCUCAACCACAUGGACCUCGCCAGGAACUUCUCUGGCACCAUUGCUGGCUUGCUGCAUACUAUCAUCACUGUUACUGGCAUUCUGGCACCUGUCACUGUUGGUGCUCUCACCCAAGGCAAUAAAACAUUGGCACAAUGGGACAAGGUGUUCUACAUAGCUGCUGCUACUUCUGCUGGUACUUACUUCUUAUACCUCGCAUUUGGAUCUGUUGAUGAACAGCCUUGGAAUACCCCACGAGAAAGCAAAUCCAUAAAAAGAAAUGGAGUUCACAACAUAGAAGAGGAAAGCAACUAUAUCCCAGGAGAACAGGUCAACAAUUAUAUCUCCACAGACCAAGACAGCACUGAGAACUUCUCAGAAGAGGCCCAUGAAAUUAUUAAUUAUUAUCUAGAAAACGCCAUUAAUCUUAACUCUAACUCUGCAGGGCGGGACAGCAAUCACGCAGACCAUGAAAGCAACAGUGUUCUAAAAGAUCAAGCCAACAAUUACAUGUCCUCUGAGCAGAACAGCUGUCACAGCUUUUCGGAAGAGGCCCGUGAAAUUAUUCAUCAUUAUGUAGGAGGUGCCAUUAAUCCUAUAAAAGAUAGCAAUCAUGCAGACCAGGAAAGCAACAGUGUUCUAAAAGAUCAGGUCAACAAUUACACCUCCUCUGAGCAGAACAGCUGUCACAGCUUUUUGGAAGAGGCCCGUGAAAUUAUUAAUCAUUAUGCAGAAGGGGCCAUCAAUUCUACAAAAGAUAGUAAUCAUAACUCAUGAUAUACUCAAGAGUCGAUUGUGAAAAUAUAUGAAUAAGUAAAGUUGUAGGAUCAUCAAAGAGAAGUGGCAUAUUGAUACUGCACAUUUUCUUGGAUAAUUUGUGGGCAUAAUUGCAAAAGAAAAUGAGAAACAUUUUAUUCCUCUGCAGCAAUUAAAUAGUAUCCAAGUAAAAGUAAUGCUGGACUGUAAUGUUAACCUUACUUGAUAUGUAUUCGAAAAUGUACUCAUCAUUUUCAGUAAAGUGACAGUUUCAUUGUGACAGUGAUUUUUUAUGUAAUAAUAAAACUUUUGUCAUGAUGUUGGUCUUAUCCUUGAAAGUGUAAGCUGAUUGCAAUAAAGACUGAUACAGCUUAAAUUCUCCAUUUAGAAUAGUAGGAUUGUGGUGAAGACCUGUACACAUUAAUGCUGUUUACAUCAGCAUCCAGUUACAAUUCUUUUAUUGAAUUGAUGUGAAAUUAGUCCAUUUACAGGAUAUCUGUAUAUGAUUAGUCUUGACAUUAAUGAACACAUUUUGUAGUCCUUAUCACGCAACUACACUUAAAAACUAGACUACCACUUUCAAAACAGGAAUUUUUCCACAGAAUAGGAGUUGUUCGUCAUAAUAUGAUUUUAGGUUAGAUUUAAAAUCUGCUUUGCUACCUGCCAAACAUUUUUAUGUUAUUGGGCAAAUUAUAAAAUAUAUUUGUUGACAAAUAUUGAACUCCGUUCUGAGUCACUGACAGCUUUAAUAGUGGGUAUUAGAGGUCAUUUUUUUUCUCUAGUGUUGUAGGCAAGGACAUCACUGUUCUCAAACUGUGAUAGAUAUUAAUGAACAUAUGUAGUGUGACACUACAGUUAAAUGCCUAAAUCUGUGAAGAGCUACCUGUAUGACAACUGCUCGUGGACACCACGUAAUAUUGUUACUGCUCACUUUUGUGCAAUCAGAAAAGUAGUGAUUUAUGCCAGAAAAUUAUUCCACAAGACAUUAUUGAGGCAAAAUAUGUCACGAGACACUAAUUGUGUUGUUGUCACAGAUAAAGCAGUAUGAAAUUAGUAGGCUAACUUUCACAUGUAGGAAAGCUCUGGCUGUAUGUAGGAAUUUGAGUAAAUGAGACUACUCACUGAAUAACAGGGGCCUCAAGUUGUCAAGAGGCACACAAGAAGAGAUCUCUGAUGGAGCUGUUGCAUGUUUAAUUGUAAAUGGGGCCGAGAUUUAAGAGAAGAUAAAUGAAAUAAUAUUCAUUUCUGUGUCCAAGAUGGUGAUCUUCUCUACCUGAAAAGUCCAUUGAAUUCCAGAUGGUUAUCUUGAUACAGGUGAAUUUAGUGUAUUAUGUUAAGAAAUUAUUUGAACAAUGUGACAGUUUAUUACUGAUCUGUUGUUUCUGAAGCAUGACCAUGGUUCACUGUUUAAAAACCAUGAAGAAAAAAAAAAAAGAAUGGAAUGUGGAACUGUUCAUAAUGCACCAGUUUUGGUAUUUGGAAAGCACUGCUACUUCUGUCUCAAGUGUCGUAAAUGUGCAUAUUUAUCUUUCAUUCUCGUCCAGUGCCCUCAGUUUCUUAUCUUUUUUACUAAGUAACUCAUGACUACAUUUUUUAGGUUGUAAAUAAAAUCACUUUUUUCCCUUCACUGUUUAAAACCUACUUCAUAAGGAUUGUAAAACAUGUCACUUGUUAUGGAGUGACUCACAGUUCUUUAAUGUGCACUUCUUCAGGUCUCACCUGUGUUUAAAAGGUUUCCCAUUAACAUCCGAGAGGAGCUCCAACUGCUGAGCGUGGGCGAGCCCACCUACUGUCAUCAAGAACUUUAUUACAGACAUUUUAUUGGAUUAUAUACAUCCUGUUUCAUUCUGAGCUACAAACAUUGUAUCAGCAGCCACGCCUAUUCUUAGUAAAAUUGACACAGCAUUUAACUUUUUCACACAGAGAAAUAUAUAGUAAAUUAUACACUUUUUUAAAAGUAUUUUAAUAACAUUGUGGCAUAGGAUUUUCACUAAAUGUUAAAUCUCAUGUUGACUUCUUAGUUUCAACACAAGAAUUGUUCCUUUAUUGUAGUCAUGUCUUAGUGCAACGGAGACCAGGAGGUGAAGAGGGGGGCGGGCGGAUAUGCAACAUAUAUUUGCGAAUCUUUUAAACCCUGUUUCUGUUAAUAGGAACAUGUCAGUGUUUGAAAGAAAGACUUACAUUCUUCUACAAUUAUUUUAUUCCACACAAAGCGAGUGUCAUGAUGCAAGAGAACAUAACAUACGUACAAAAAUUACUCAAAAAUUAAAUUACAGCCUUACAAAUUGUGUCAUACAUUUCCAAGAUUCUCUUACAGUUCCCUUUGAUGACUACUACACAGUAACAAAACUUUAAAAGCUUCAAGGAACAAUUAUUCAAGUGGACACAGUAACUGUCAGAUCAAAUAACAGGUUCACGUGGUUUUACACAGAAUGUGG